AUGUCUCCCUAUAUCAGAGCUCUCACCGCGAAUACUUCGUCGGCGCCUCCACCGGAAGCGGUGGCCUUGGAGUCGGACUUCGUGGUCAUUCUGGCGGCUUUGCUCUGUGCCCUAAUUUGUAUGGUAGGGCUGAUAGCGGUGGCUCGGUGCGCCUGGCUCCGCCGUGGGAAUCAGGCGUCGGCGAAUAGAGGACUGAAGAAGAAGAUACUGCAGUCGCUCCCGAAAUUCAGGUACAAGUCGACGGUGGGAGAUGGGAAAAUAGCGGCGGAAUGUGCAAUCUGCCUGGCGGAGUUCCUGGAGGGGGAGGAGAUCCGACAGUUGCCGCAGUGCGGGCAUUGCUUCCACGUCAGCUGCGUAGACACGUGGCUAGGUACCCACUCCUCCUGCCCUUCUUGCCGUCAGAUUCUGGUAGUGGCCAGAUGUCAGAAGUGCGGCCAGUUUCCGGCGGUUGUACAAGGCGGCGCUGCUGACAACAACGUGGAAGAGGAAGUGGAAGAUAACAACAACGACAACAGGGGUUUGGGAUUUUUGCCUUGACUUAACAAACCUUAUAAGCUUCACUUCACUCUCUCUAUUUCUUUCUGUUUCAUCACAAACCAGCAAGAGUCAGUUCUCUGUGAAUUCUUUUUUUUCUUAUUAUUUUUUUUUUUUAAAAAAAAUACAAAAACAAAUCUUGACUUUGGAUGUUAAAAAAAAUCCCUCCAUUAAAAAAAUCUUCACUUGUAAAUUCUAAAUUCUAUAUUGCCAGUAGCUUCAUCCAUUUCACUGCC